AUGAGGAUGAGCCUAUCCCUUGGUCAAAUUGCUUGGCAUUUGGCACAGAUAAUGCCAAUGUAAUGGUUGGUAACCGAAAGGGCGUAUUUGCCUUUAUGGUAGAGAAGAACAGUGACAUAUUUCUUUCUGGAUGUCCCUGUCAUUUAAUACAUCACGCAGCAGAAAAAUUCGCCGCUGCCCUGCCGUUCAAGGUUGAUGAAGUGCUUACAGACACGUUUUUCUAUUUGGAUAAAUCAAGCAACAGACUCAUUGCAUUGGACACUUACCAGAAACUCUAUGAUGUUGGACGACAUACUAAGAUUCUCAAGCAUGUCUCUACUAGAUGGCUUAGUGUAAGCCGGUGUGUUGAUCGCAUCCUAGAAAAUUGGGAAGCACUAUAUAGCUUGUUCAAAGAUGCUGCUGAUGCUGAGACCAAGGCUGCUGGCAAAGAGCAGCCUGAGACAAGGGUUGGGCGUAUGUACAGGUUCUAUCGCUCGCCUACCAAUAAACUAUAUUGUAUGUUCCUGGAGAAUGUGCUUGCGGUUUUCAAUAAGACAAAUGAGACACUUCAGUCCGAGGCUCCUCUUAUCCAUGUCCUACGGAGAACUCUCCAUAAACUGCUCCGGGACCUUCUGAUCAGGUUUAAGUUGCCAGGAGCAUUGAAUGGGAGAACAGCUACUGGGGUGUCACUUGCAAAUGGAGUUGGGCAAAAGCUGGAUAACGAUCUGAUCAUUGGUGAUAAUGCCAGGGAAGCCAUUGCCAGGAAAGCUGAAAACCGUCUGAGGGAUUCCCGCAUCAAGGAAUUUUACGCCACCGCCAGACAAUGCUUUCUGGAAGGUUGUCGCUAUAUAAAGGAGAAGCUUCACCUUGACGAAGAACUCUUAAGGCAUGCUGAAGUAGUUGAUGUUGAUUUACGUCUCAAUGGUGCCACAUCUACUGACCUCCUGUACUUCAUCAAAAGAUUCCCUUGUCUUCUCCCUGAAGGUGUUUCAAGAGAAACAUUGGAGUUGGAAUUUGCAGAUUACCAGAGCUUAGAUGUGCAACCCCAUAAGAAAGACAGGAUUGAUGCAACCUGGUCCGCCAUUGGCCAAGUGAAGGAUUCUACUGGGCAUUUCACUUACAAGAACCUCGCACAAGUCAUGCUUGGUAUAUGUACCAUCCCACAUGCCAAUGCAAGCUGUGAACGGAUCUUCAGUUGCGUCCGUAAGAACAAAACGGACCAGAGAGCAUCAAUGGGGUCAAAUACCCUUGAUGCAUUGAUGGUGGUAAAGGGGAGAUUGCUCAAUGGUGGUAGGAGUGACUACUCGAGUGAUAGAUUGAAGAAGAUCAAGUCUGCUUAUUAUAAAAGCCUGAAGUAGCCUACCAUUAGGAAAAUGUGUUCAACACUGCUAGUAACUGUUCAGUCAUGUUUAUGUUAAAACAAGUUAUAGACAUUGUUCAGAGACAAUAGACAUUGUUCAAGACUGCUAGUAACUGUUCAGUCAUGUUUAUGUUAAAACAAGUUAUAGACAUUGUUCAGAGACAAUAGACAUUGUUCAAGACUGCUAGUAACUGUUCAGUCAUGUUUAUGUUAAAACAAGUUAUAGACAUUGUUCAAGACUGCUAGUAACUGUUCAGUCAUGUUUAUGUUAAAACAAGUUAUACAUUAUUAUUAUUAUUGUCUCUCGACAAUAGACAUUGUUCAGAGACAAUAAUGAUGAAGGGGAUUUCUCACCCCAUCGAUUUUGCUUACAAAAGGGUCAGCAAUAAGGCUCCAUUCAGUAACUUGUGUACAUGUAUGGUGUAUCAUUCACGGUAAUUGACAUAAAAUAAAAUUACACAUUUAGGUUCGAAUUUUACUCUUUUUUAAAAAUUGUUUAUGCUUACUAUUUCAACAUUACACAUAGUUCCUUGAUUUUACACAUUU